GUACUGUGCUGUGCUGGGCUGGGCUGGGCUGUGUGUCGGUCAGGGAGUGAUGGUGAUGAAGAGAGCAGCCGGGCUUGCCCCAGGAUUCUUAUCCCUGCAGGCAGGUCCGGUCCAAGUCCGCGGCCUCCACUUUAUCUUGCUAUCAGCCCGGACGCGGGGCGGGCGCGCGAACAAGGACAGGCCAAAGUCAGAAUCGGGCAAGAUUGGGCCUCGCAUUCAGGAUGAUUGUCGCUCUGCGCUCGUCGGGCAGGGACAGCCUUCAAAAAGCGGACAAUACUGUGGCUCGUGGCGGCUGAAUGCGAGGCGAUCUUGUAGCUCGUGCACAUCUCGGACUGCUGACUCUUGACAGCAGCGCAAGUCGCGUCUAUUCAUGACAACGGAAAAGAGAGGGUAUUUUGAAGUUCGCUUGAGCUACGAAAUGAACUUCAUUUGGGCGUGAAGUCUAGUUGCGCAAGAAGUUGCACUACUAUGUUUGAGCAUGAAU